GUUUGGAUGAACUUCCGGCUGUCACUGCCAUCUGCCCACGCUCUGUCUGAGAUUUCUCAUUUCUGCUUUAGCUUGUCAUUUUCCUGCAUACUAUAUUCUGAUUUCUGAUUUUUGGUUUCUAUGGUGAAUUGGAAGAGAGUUAUAUCAUUGUAUGGUGAAUUAGGGAAAUUAUCUCUGUUGAAGAAGUUCUUGAUUUUGGAACAUAACACAAUAUAUUCUGGUUUCCAAACUCAAAGAUUGUGAAAAUGGGAGGGAGAGCCGGAGACGAUGAAGAUGAGUAAAAGUGCAUCUGCCUCUGCUUAUGUCAUCUGAUCUGCUUGUGCUUUUCGUUCUCCUGGAAAUACUGAAUGGGUACAGCUCCUAAAUCUUUGAACUCUCUUCUUUUCUUCUUCUCGAAUCAUUUGAUUCUUGAUUAUCGUUGUGUAAUGCAUCUUUCAUUCCAUUCUUCAACUACUUACCAUCUUCGUAGUGUAGCUACCAACUCUUUCACCAGAGUUCGAGAAUAUGGGGAAAGCCCCAAACAGUUAUUGAAAUAUGUAAGAGAUCAAUGCAAAACUGGGACCUUCAAGGAUCUUGACGGUGCCUUGAGCUUAUUUGAUCUAAUGGUCCGCAUGCACCCUUUGCCUUCUGUUGUGUAUUUUACUCAAUUGCUGACAUCAAUUGCAAGAGCGAAGCAUCACUCAACUGUGAUCACAUUGGUAAAACAAAUGGACUUGUUAGAAAUUGCUCCCGAUCUUUAUACUCUCAAUAUUUUGGUUAAUUGCUUCUGCCAUCUUAACCGUGUGGAUUUGGGGUUCUCUGUUUUGGCAAAAAUUUUGAAACUUGGUUUUCAACCUAACUGUGUGUCUAUAAACACUCUUGUCAAGGGGCUCUGUCUCCAGGGUAAAAUUGUUGAAGCAGUGAAUCUGGCUGAUGAAAUGGGGGAGAAGGGAUUUAAACCUAAUGAAUUUACCUAUGCAGUCAUAAUUAACGCUCUGUGUAAGGUAGGUGAAACCGAUCUGGCCAUUAACUCACUCAGGAAGAUGGAAGAUGCAAAUUUUGUACUUAAUGCAGCAUCGUAUAAUCCAAUCAUUUGCAGUUUGUGCAAGGACGGAUUGUUGACUGAUGCCUUGAAACUUUUUUCCACAAUGACGAGUAAAGGCAUUCAGCCAAACCUUUUUACUUACAAUCCCUUAAUUCAGGGCCUAUGCAAUUUUGGCCAUUGGAAAGAGGCUGCUAAAUUAGUGACUGAGAUGGAAGAAAGGAAUAUCAUGCCAGAUGUGUAUUCUUUCAAUAUAUUGGUGGAUAUGCUUCUAAAAGAGGGGAAGAUGAUGGAGGCAAAAGAAGCUCUUGAUAUGAUGAUUGAGAAAGGCAUCGAGCCAGAUAUAUUCACGCACAACUCUUUGAUUGAUUGUUAUUGUCAGCAAAACAAAAUGGAUGAGGCAGUCAAAACAUUUAACACGAUGGUUAGGAGGGGUUGUUCUCCUGAUGUUAUUAGCUAUAGCAUAUUAAUAAAUGGAUAUUGUAAAAGUAAGAGAAUUGCUGAGGCAAUAAAUCUCUUUCAUGAAAUGUUAGACAAGAGAAUGAUUCCCAAUGUUGUCACUUACACCACUCUUAUAGAUGGGUUUUGCCGAGUGGGGAGACCUCUGGCUGCGUUAGAGCUACUUCAUGAGAUGCAAGCUUCUGGAGAAAAUCCUAAUCUCCAAACUUAUGCCAUUUUGUUAGAUGGUCUUUUUAAGAACGGAUGUUUUGUGGAGGGAAUGGCAUUGUUCCGAGAGAUUGUAGACAAAAAGUUGGACAUUAAUAUUGUGAUUUAAACCAUCUUGAUUGAUGCUAUGUGUGAUGCGGGAAAACUUGUGACUGCAAAAGAACUCUUUUGUAGUCUUUCUACCAAAGGGUUGCAACCUGAUGCUCUCACUUACACUGUAAUGUUCAGAGGACUAUGCAAAGAGGGUCUAAUAAAUGAAGCCUGCGAGCUGUUUGAGAAAAUGGAUGGGAAGGGUUGCUUGCCUGACAAUGUCUCAUAUAACACAAUUAUCCAAGGAUUACUGCAACGUGAUGAGCAAUCAAGGGCAGUAGAAUAUAUUAAAAUAAUGGUUGACAAGGGUUUCUCUGCAGAUGCAACAACUGCAACCAUGGUGAUUGACUUGUUGUGUGCUAAUAAAGCUGAGAAGGCAAUUAGAGAGUGGUUUGAGAAGCUUUUGUAAAAGGCUUUCUUGGUUUUCAAUGCCAAGAACAUCUAUAUACGUCAACGCUUCACUAGCUGAUCUAUAGGGAAUGUUUAUUUACUUUAAGUGAAUUUUAAAUCUCUCAUUUUUAUGGGCAACAUCGAUCAGUUCUCUGCCUCUAUUAUCUUUCAUUGAAAUGUUUGACCGAUGGAAAGUACUUGCAGCGGAAAUUAGACUCUGGGAUUUUGGUGGUUGUAUCUCCAUUGUUUUCUGAUGUGAAUGUUUUUAAAUUUUCCCUGAUGAUAUUAUGUUUGUGAGUAGUAUGUUGGAAAUAUUGUCUAGUAGAAAUAUUUAUUAUGCUGAAGUGUACUGCAUUAACCUCUAUGAUAAGGUGCAGUAAGUACCAUACUCAUUUUUAAAGCUGGGUGCCCCUGUAUGAUAAACUUGGUUUAACUUUUUGUAUAUUGGACUGUGAACCAAUCAAGACUAGUGUACAUUGAAUAGAUUAUCAACUUAAGGAAGUUGCUAAUAACGGGAUCUGCUUGUUUGUUCAUGGGCUAGAUUGUAAGCAAUUUAGUUGCAGUCAGGCACAAAAGUAGCCGCUUUAUGAUCAUGAAAUCCUCUACUUUACGAACAUCGGAAAUGCUAACUAUUAUAAUUUAUAACAAAAGUAAGAUAUCAUGGACAUUUGCUGGUCUGAUCUUGCGUUGGUGCAAAACAUAGUGCUUACUAGUUAUACCACUGUGUUUACAAUCAGAAUGGACAAUCCAACUGUAAUCAGUCUAUGUUACUAUCUCAAACCUUCUGAUUAGCUUUGGCUUUGGUCAUAACCCAGCAUGAAUUUUUUCGAAUGGUCCGAUCCUCACGAUUUCUGAUUGCUGACCUGUUUACACAUAAUGCUCUUCUUUAGUGUCACCAAUGAUGCUUGAACCUUGAUUUAUCUGAUAAGAAGGCCACAAUACCAUUUGAUUCUGUAUCACAUAGCCAUCAGCAUUUAGAGUAAAGUACAUAGAAGUUAGUUUGGUGCUUCUGAUUGUUCCAUGCCUCCAUCCCUCCCAUUUAGAUAGAACUCCAUAUCUACUGCUUAGUUCUUUGUACUUUUGUGUACAUUUAGGUUGCUAGAUUUUCAAAAUUUCUAACUGAAGAUGCAGAAAUGCUGUUAUUGAGCAACUGAUGUUGUUUCUUCCCAACUCAUGUCUCAAAUGUAUUCUGUAACUAUUUUUGAAUAUACUUUCAGUUUAACUGAAUUUUGACCGCAGGAAGUGUGUAGUCAUCCACCUGUGCUGGGCAAUGCCAGGUGUGCAACAAGAUUAAAUAAUAUAACUCAGUAGAGUUCUUUAUUGAGUAAUGAUUGUAUUCCUUAGCACCAAGCGUAUUUGCUACGAGCCAUUCUUAUUCUUGUACAAGCUGAUAUGUUGGCCUUUUACUUUUUCCCUUAUUCUACCUUGUUGCUUCUGCCCAUUUAUGUUUCUUAUUUUUCAAGGCUUGUUUUAUUUGUAUUGCCAAAAAUGGUGUUUGUAAUUACAAGAUUAAAUUAGAGUAUGGUAUUUUGAAACUUGUGACUGCAAAA